UCUCUUAUCUCCUCUUUGCUUCUUUGUAUGAACAUAAAGAGAAACCGAGGCACAAGGAGCUCAAGACUGAAGAAACGGAUACAAAAAGGUCUGAUCCAGGUUACACAAAUUCAGCUCUCAACCUUUUCUCCUUGAUACCGAAAUGGAACCCGAUGUGUAUGUCGUCCCGGUUAAUGACCCCUAUGAGCAGCCGACUCAGUCUGUUUAUGAUAAAGUGAUGCCCUGUGCCCCACAAGUGCAGCCGGCACCGUAUGAGCAGCCGACUGAUCUUGUUUAUCAAAACGAGAUGCCCUGUACCCCACAAGUGCAGCCGACACCGUAUGAGCAGCCGACUGAUCCUCUUUAUGAUAAAGUGAUGCCCUGUACCCCACAAAUGCAGCCGGCACCGCCACCCUGCAGCACCCAAGUACCUGCUGGUCCUCCAAAAGGACCCUUUCGCUGGAGUCUUAGAAAGAAGAUUUUAGUUCCUGUUGGGGCAGUUUCCAUCUCAGCACUAGUAAUUGUGGUUGUGGUUCUUUCCUGGUAUUUUGUCACUAAAAACCAAAGCCCAAGUACAAGCCCAAGCCCCUGCCAGAUGUACUGCAGCUACUCUGCCCAAUGUAUCUAUUCCAACCAGAUAUGUAAUGGGGUACAGGACUGCGCUUAUGGAGAUGAUGAAAGAAAUUGCGUCACACUAACCACCACAAGAACCACCACAGUAACCCCAAGAACCACCACACCAACCACCACAUCAACUACAAGUUCGCCAAUCUGCAAAUUACAUUGUUUAAGUGUAUUUUAUUAUGACACGUGCGUCUACUCCAACCAGAUAUGUGACGGUAUACGACAAUGCCUUUAUGGAGAUGAUGAGCAGAAUUGCGUCACACUAACCCCCACAACAACCACCACAGUAACCCCAAGAACCACCACAGCAACCACCACAUCAACUACAAGUUCACCAAUCUGCAAAUUAUAUUGUAUAAGUGUAUUUUAUUAUUACACGUGCGUCUCCACCAACCAGAUAUGUGACGGUAUACAGCAAUGCCUUUAUGGAGAUGAUGAGUUGAAUUGCGUCACAUUAACCACCACAAGAACCACCACAGCAACCACAAGAACCACCACAGCAACCACAAGAACCACCACAGCAACCACCACUUCAACUACAAGUGCACCAAUCUGCAAAUUAUAUUGUACAAGUUUAUUUUAUUAUUACACGUGCAUCUCCACCAACCAGAUAUGUGACGGUAUACAGCAAUGCCUUUAUGGAGAUGAUGAGUUGAAUUGCGUCACAUUAACCACCACAACAACCACCACAGCAACCACAAGAACCACCACAUCAACUACAAGUGUGCCAAUCUGCAAAUUAUAUUGUAUAAGUGUAUUUUAUUAUGACACGUGCAUCUCCACCAACCAGAUAUGUGACGGCAUACAACAAUGCCUUUAUGGAGAUGAUGAGCUGAAUUGCGCCACUACAACCCCAAGCCCCUGCCAGAUGUACUGCAGCUACACAUACGCAUGUAUCCGUGCCUACCAGAUAUGUAAUAGGGUAAUGGACUGCCUUUAUGGGGAUGAUGAAAGAAAUUGCGCCACUACAACCCUAAGCAACCCGACCUGCCAGAUGUACUGCAGCUACACAUACGCAUGUAUCCGUGCCUACCAGAUAUGCAAUAGGGUAAUGGACUGCCUUUAUGCGGAUGAUGAAAGAAAUUGCGCCUCUACAACCCUAAGCAACCCGACCUGCCAGAUGUACUGCAGCUACACAUACACGUGUAUCCGUGCCUACCAGAUAUGUAAUGGGGUAAUGGACUGCCUUUAUGGGGAUGAUGAAAGAAAUUGCGGUAAGAUGUCACUUAUUUUACAAACAGGUGAGAAGGUUUAACUGAUUAUGUUUAGAAAAUUUCUAAUCUCAGUAUGAUGACCCUUAUAUUAAAUUUUUAUUCACAUGAUUGUAAGGUUUGAUAUAAUA